CACAGUAUAAGGUGGUGGCUAAAGGAUAAAUGUGUCGUGUAAAACCAACAAAAGUGACUUGCCAUCCACAGCUAAACCAACCCCACUUUCUUAUUCUCUCUGUUGGUUUCUCCUUUCUUGCGCUCCUAUAUAUCUUCUUCUGGACUUCUUUCUGGUGUAUUUUGAUGAUCAAGAAUUCAAAGCUGCUAACGGGUGCCAGCAGCAGUUUUGUUGGCCUCCGAUAAUGGAUGAACCUGGGGCUUCCAAUUCUUGUGAUGAUGCUAAAAUAAGUACAAGUUGUCCUAGAGGUCACUGGAGACCUGCUGAAGAUGAGAAACUCAGGCAAAUUGUUGAACAAUACGGCGCACAAAACUGGAAUUCUAUUGCUGAGAAGCUCCAAGGAAGAUCAGGAAAGAGUUGCAGAUUGAGGUGGUUUAAUCAACUCGACCCUAGAAUCAACAGGAGACCAUUCACAGAAGAAGAAGAGGAGAGACUACUGGCAGCUCAUCGUAUUCAGGGAAACAAAUGGGCUCUAAUAGCCAGACUAUUUCCAGGUCGAACUGAUAAUGCUGUGAAGAACCACUGGCAUGUAAUAAUGGCAAGAAAACAAAGGGAACAAUUCAAGCUAAGUGGAAAGAGAAGUUAUCAUGAAGGCCUAAGUGACUCCAACGCCGCCUCUAAUGAUCUUCAUCCAAGAAAAUCAAGGUCUCAAGACCUGUUUAGCUCAAGCAUUGGAUUUGAAAAUAGUACUAGAGUCUUGGAAUUUCGAAACCUCAGUUCAGAUAGGAUAUUCUCAGUCGUCUCUUCCUCUAAUACUUCUUCUUCACCUUCCUGGACUUUUUCUCCAUCAACUAUAACAGCUUCAAAUAAUUCAUCUUCAGUAGUUGAAUAUUUAUCACCACGAAAAGAAGGAAGAGAUUGCUUCAAUAACUCUAGUUUUUACACUGCCGAGAGCUCCAAAAUUUCAGAUCACCAAUCUAUUUAUAGAUACUAUUCAAAUUCUUCAAUGUACCGGAGUUCAACUGUAUUUGGGUUUCCAAAUUACAGAAGGGUUGUUCCAAGUCCUUUUGGAUGCCUAAAACUUGGAGAUGAGUGUGAAAACCAUGGCACGAUCAAGAAAGAGCUGGUGAAUUUUUGCGACAACUCAUCCACAUUCAAGAAAAAUAUGACAGUGAGUAAACAGGAAGAACAAAGAGAUCAAGAAUCUAUCAGGCACACGGAGGUUCAAUUCAUAGAUUUUCUUGGCGUGGGUAUAUCUUCUUGAUCACCCAAAAAGACUUUUUCUUUUUACUUUUCAUUUAUAUAUUUCUCAUAUAUUAAUGGUAGUUUUAGCUUCACUCUUUCAUCUUGUGAAAAAUGUUGAUGGCAUCCAAAUGAAGUAGCGGUAGUUCAGCUGUCAUAUUAAUUCCUCUACAUUUCUUUAUCUUUUUUUUCUCUUUAAAUAUUAUCUCAUAUAUUCCCUGAAUCAAACAUAUGAUUUCGAAAGUCAUGUGAGUUUCAAGAGACAUCCUUAUAUAUUCUCAGCAUUGGUCAGAAAUCUGAGCAUAAAAUAUAUUUUCCUUCGUGGUUCAUUUAAA